UACCAAUCUCUUCAGUCCUCCACAAUAUUCGUGAACGACGCACGUCUAAAUCUCGGCCGCGAUACGAAACGACUAAUAAAUAUCGAUUUAAAAACAAAAUCGUGGCGAUCGAAAAGUGCGACAACAAGUUAUGUGAUUCUUAUUUUAUCACUUAAAUAUUUGUGGACAGAAUCCAUUAAGUUUGUUCGAAAUUUACGAUUAAGUGAAAAUGUGACGUUAUUUGUUUUCAUUUUCUUUUUACAUUUAAAAAAUGGCCAUUAGUGGGUUUUAGCGUGAAACGAUGAAAAUGCGCGAGUUGAUAAGGAUCACUUUUGUUUGUGUUUGCGCUUUCCUGCUUGCUGUGCGCGAGGGGAGAGGGGAAGAUGUUCCAAAAGGCCUCGAAGGGUCUUUGGAACAGGACGUUAGAAAGGAUUCCAAAACCAGCCUUUUAUCAGCGAACAACAAGAGAGUCACAACGCCUAGUAGUACAAACGCGACCAGGGAUUCACAAUUGUUUUCGUUGCUUGCUGCUCGAAGAAGGUUGCUCCUCAGCGGAAGACUGACGUCACACAUUAAUACCUUAGCUGCUAUAACACACAAGCCUCAUAAAACAAACACAACGUUCGCCCACCUAGAAGUAAAACAUGGAAACAGCUCUUUGGUAAGGAAAGUAAUCUUUGAUAAUUCAAGCAGAGAGGCUGGCACUCCUGUGACGCUCAAACUGAUCACUACAGACGGAAGCAGGGAAACAAGACAAGAUAUUAAGCCACAUGAAAUAAGACAUAUUUUUAUACCUAAAUUAAGCCCAGAAAAUAGGAAUAGAUCAGGGUAUAGAAGACGAGAACCAACGAGUAUACUUAAAAGUGUUACGAUUCCUGAACAAGCGACAGAAGGUAAUAUAGUGUAUGUUCCACCAGAUAAAAUAGAAGAAGAAAAAGAUGUUGAUUUAGAUCCAGAAGAAGAAUUCCAAGUAGACGAAUCCAACCAUGGACUGUAUUUAUUAAAUUAUUCUGACACUGAUAAUGUCACUCAAGGACCAGAUAUAAAUAAAACUACUAUCAGUAACGAAAUAGUCAAAGAAAAUACUUCUACUAUAAUUAAGCCAACUACCAUUAUAAUUGUUGAAGAUUCCAAAGAAAAUGACACUAUUGAGUCUAAGGAGGAUGAAAUUACUGAAAUCAAUACUAUAGCAAAUAGUACAGAACAAAAAAAUUAUACGUUGGCUAAAAAUGAUCUUGGGAAAACUGAGAAUCAAACUUUGUUUUUGUCGGAUGAAAUUUACAAUCAUUUUAGACCUCUAGAAACAGAAUUACCAGUUGAAGAUAUGGCACCAUUUAUAUAUUUUGGAAAAAAAUUGGGCGGUACCGGCAUAAGUGAUAAUUUAACAAACUCUCCAUCUUUUUCCGCCUCCACAAAAACAAUAAAUUAUUUGGCUCCACCCCAAGAGAAAAGAAAGUUCAAUUCUAGGUAUUCCGCCACAGAGAAAUAUAAAAAUUCAAAUGCCGAUGAAGAUGAAAUCAAUGAAGAUAUGGAUGUGUCAGUUGUUAAAAAUAUUAUUGAGAAAAACAAAGUUAGAAAUACAGUAAAAGGGCCAGCCCCAGCAAGACAUGUCGGGCUAGUUAAUGCCUAUAGAAAACUAACUACUACUUCUACUACUACUACUACUACACCAUCGACUACAAAAUCUCCUAACUUCGCUCAGUUGAAUGUUACUGAACGUAUUGUUCAAAACGUUGCACUAAGCACUGUUGAAAAUUUUAAAAAUACUAGUAAUAACAGUAAAAGUACUGAUAUUGCGACCAAAUUUAAUUUUGACAAUGGGACAAAAGAUUAUGCCCCAAGGUAUAAUGCCACGACGUCGAGAAAUUUCACACGCAAUUACUUCAAUUUGCGACGACGACCAACUAAACUGAUCGCUUCACCUACGACAGAAGUUAAACCGACUGUCACUGUUAAUACGACAACUGAAAAGGUCGCAACCGCAGUGUACACUGCAGUGGUCACUUCUGUAUCUAUUACCUCUUCUAUGAAGGGACAGAAUAAAUCAGACGCAACAGAUGAUGUUGUUAGCAACACAACCGUCGUAGGUGAUGUUAUUGGUCAAAAUGCGACCACUCCUAAAACCAUACCAGGUAAUGAAACCGAAACGACAACCGUUGCCCCUUCAACUAUAAGACAUCAUAGAUUCCGAAUUAAAUUAAGAACAAGCACACCUAGUGGAAUCUCUAAAUCAAAACCAACUGAAUCGGCGACUACUAGUGAACUGUCUACAACAAAUAGUGAAAGAGAUGAGUCAGUAUCGAGAAUAACUGAAACGCUGACGAGUUUGUUACAAAAAACUUACGAGAAUACGACUUUAGUGAGCACGAUACGGCCAAGGAGUGCCCAUAGAAGGAGAAGGCCCACAACCACUACUACAACCUCUACGACUUCCUCAGCACCAACCACUAUUACUCCAAACGAUACAGGUAUAACACAUUCGACAGAACUACCGGCAACCACACAAAAUAUAGAAUCAACAACAUUCAAACCCUUCACAGUAACUUCAAUGAAGUCCUCUGAAUCGAGUUCAAAACCCCUAUCAGUUUCGAGAAACACUACACUUGUUGAAUCAAAGGUGGUCAAUCUAUCAAAUAGCAUCGAAAAUUCAAGUUCUCAGAAUGGGGUUGUUAUUGAAGCUGAGAAAACAUACACAGCAUCUUAUGUGUUGGCAGGAUUGGGUUUCUUGCCUGUUGCAGCUAUCAUAAUAUUUGUUCUUAGAAAUUUAUUGAAUAAGAAGACCAAAGAAAUAGACACGGAGUACGAAGGGUAUUUCGAUGACGCUGAGGUUAAGAAGGAAUCUCCUAUCACUCCGGUGGCGAGGCCUCCGCUACCUCCACCCACCAAACCUGAUCAAAAAUGGGAGUUCCCGAGAAAUAAGUUAAGACUACAGACGUUACUGGGCCAAGGGAAUUUCGGGCAGGUCUGGAAAGCAGAGGCUGAUGAUUUAAACGGGCACGACGGGCUAACCAGACUAGUGGCAGUAAAAACGAUCAAGGAAACGGCAUCGCAGAAGGAGAAACAGGAGCUACUCCAUGAAAUCUACAUCAUGCAAAAGAUCGGGACGCACCCCAACGUCGUCACGUUACUUGCCUGUUGCACUGAACAAGAGCCAUAUCUGCUAAUAAUGGAGUACGUGAUGUGCGGCAAGCUGCUGACGUACCUGCGGGAGCGCCGCGCGCGCCCAGACAGGUUCGCGGGCAGCGGCGCGCUCACCUCGCGCGAUCUCACCGUGUUCGCCUACUGCGUCGCCAGGGGGAUGGACUAUAUCGCCUCUAAGGGGAUAGUGCACCGCGACCUGGCGGCCCGCAACGUGCUGGUGGACCACAACAAGCUGUGCAAAAUCGCAGACUUCGGCAUGUCGCGGUGCGCGGGCGCGGCGCGCAACCCCCGGACCGCGCUGCCGGUGCGCUGGAUGGCGCCCGAGGCCCUGCUCUACUCGCACUACUCGCACCACUCCGACGUCUGGGCCUUCGGGAUACUGCUCUGGGAGAUCGUCACGCUUGGCUCGACUCCGUACGCGACGAUGUCUGGUCGCGAGGUGCUGGCGGCGGUGACGGAGGGCUACCGGCUGGAGCGGCCGGCGCACUGCAAGCCACAGCUGUACCGCGCCAUGCACUCCUGCUGGCACGCCGACCCCGCGCAGCGCCCCGCCUUCUCCGCGCUCAAGGCGCAGCUCGCCGACCUGCUGCACAACGAGACCGCCGAGGGGAACUACGUCGACCUCGACUCGUUCUACCAGGACUCCUCCGUCUACAGCGACCCCUCCGCCAUCAUCCACGACGACGACGGGCUCUCCGCCGAGUACGACCGGGAGAGGCGCUGCUUUAGAGAGUUAACAAGUACGCCGUCGCAGUUCGAUAACCGAGCGUUUAACCUUCGGGACGAAGAGCUCCGGAACAAGUUUGGUAUUGGAACUCCUCGGAUGGGCGGCUUCGGCAUCAGGGACGUGCCCUUCAACGAGAGACCCUUCUCAGACGCCGAGUUCAACGACCGACCUUUCGCUGACAAAAAUUUCACCGACAAUAAUUUCAACGACACGAACUUCACCGAACGUAAGGACGGGAAACUAUCUACUUCCAGUUUUCACAGGGAAAGGGAGAGAGAGAACCCUUUGGUUAGUAGGAAUAGCUUUAAUGGGUUUCCGAGGAUUGGCACUAGGGAAGGGCACUUUCAAAUUACACCAGAUGGUAGGAAUAAAAGAGUUCCAGAAUUUGAAUGUGAUAUUUGAAUCUGCCCCGCUGCGGAAUUUCUGAAUUCAAUUCAAGUUGAAUCUCAAUUCCAAUUUUGGUUUUAAUGUAACAGCCAUAAGAGUAAUUUGGUAUUUAAAUCCUCUAUCGAACAAAUAACUGGUAUGUAAUUAAUGUUAUUUUAGCACAACUUUUGGCUAAACGUGUAAAUAUUCAUGGUGUACUGUCGAAACAAUACCAAUGCAAGCGCAUCGAUCAUAAUGUUGAUUUUGAUACUAGUAAUAUUUGUAUAAACGUGUGCAAGUGCCGAAUCUGUUAUUGAGCCUUAUGACAUUCUAUUUGUGUGUCGUUAGUGACACUGACAAUACUUAUUAUUAAGUUUCGAUUUCAAGAUGUUUUGAAGUUACGUAAACUUAUUACGUAAAAUUACUGUGGUUAUUUUGUAAAUAGUAUUUUUUAAUUUAUAUCCUUAUCGUCACAGAACGUGUCGUCGAACUGUCUGACUACAAUGUAAAUAGCUUUCUUUAAGUUUUCGUGUGUGUUUGUUUGUCAGUGAGAUUGUUUUCUGAAAUAUUAUACUUCCCCUAAUCGUUGUUACUAAUUUUAAAUUUUGCUUUAUUUACUUCUGUUAUAAAUUUUAUUACAAAUUAUAAUUUUAUUACGAGCAAACUUUAAAAAAUCGUCAAAGUUGUCUUGAGUCAUAAUCAAAAAACAGGUUGACGUGUAAAAUUUGCUUGUGAGAAUAGCAAUUUAUAUCCAUCGAAUGGAUAAACCAUAUAUUUUAUAUAAACGUUGGAGGAUCGGCGCUGAGAUUCCCGAUAGUCCGUGGUACUGCAAUAUUCAAUAGUCCGUCCUCUCCGUAUCUCGGUUUGAUGUUUUCUGUCUAGUCUCUGAUGAAUUGUAUGAUAGUUUUGUUAUAUACUAAGUGUGAUGUAAGUUUUGUGUUAAUUUUUUAAGAAAGAUUUUAUUUUAUUUACGAAAAAUAAAAGAUGUAUUGAAAUUCA